UAGCCCCGCCUUUCGGCCACUCCUGUGUGGGAUUCUGAGUUUAAUGCUCCCUCCGCUCCUUCUCGGUUGCCGGGGGACGUGUUUUACUGACUACCUUUUGCGUUGUUUCUCCACGACGCGUAAAAUUCUCUUCAGGAAAAUCGAGACUGCUGCAGUUUCACCUUUAAUUUAUCCCGAACUACAUUGAAGUCCCCAGCCAUGCUACUACCCUCAUCACUCCUACUCCUCCUGGGCCUCCUCACAUGGAGUCCCAGUACGACAAGAGCCGCUAAAGUGAUUGUGGUCCCACCCAUCAUGUUUGAAUCGCACCUCUACAUCUUCAAAACGCUGGCAACAGCUCUACACAAGGAGGGCCACGAGACCCAUUUUCUAGUUUCAGAGGGUCGUGAGGUCCCGCCCUCUCCUCACUACCAUUUACAGCGCUAUCAAGGGAUCUUUAACAGCACCACAGCUGACAAUUUUCUCCAAUCCAAAGUCACCAACAUCUUCUCAGGCCGCUUGACAUUUCUCGAACUGUUUGACAUUCUUGACCACUACUCUCAGAACUGCGAUGCUGUCGUUGGCAAUACUGAAGUAAUGAACCGGCUGAAAGAGGCCAAGUUUGACCUGCUGCUAGUGGACCCCAAUGAAAUGUGCGGUUUUGUGAUUGCUCAUAUCCUGGGUGUGCAAUAUGCUGUUUUCAGCACUGGCCUGUGGUACCCUGCAGAGGUUGGAGCCCCGGCCCCCUUAUCAUACGUACCGGAAUUCAACUCGCUGCUGACCGACCGCAUGUCCUUGUUGCAGAGGAUUGCAAACACAGCUGUUUACCUCGUACAGCGCUUUGGAGUCCAUUACAUCGCACUGCCCAAGUAUGACCGGAUUAUGAAGAAACACGGAGUAAAGCCUCAAGUGGCCAUGGCUGACUUGGUGCAGGGAAGCCGGCUGUGGAUGCUGUGCACUGACAUGGCUCUGGAAUUCCCCAGACCCACCCUUCCACAUGUGGUGUACAUAGGUGGCAUCCUCACCAAGCCUCCCAGCCCACUGCCACAGGAUUUUGAAGACUGGGUGAAAGACACAGAAGAGCACGGCUUUGUAGUUGUGUCAUUUGGAGCCGGCGUAAAGUACCUUUCCAGUGACAUUGCUCACAAACUGGCAGGUGCCCUUGCCAGACUGCCCCAACGUGUUAUCUGGAGAUUCUCUGGCGUGCCACCCAGUAACCUUGGCAACAACACCAAGCUUGUUGAUUGGAUGCCUCAGAAUGACUUAUUAGGUCACGCUAACACAAGAGCGUUCCUGAGCCAUGGGGGCUUGAAUAGCAUCUAUGAGGCCAUGUAUCAUGGUGUGCCGGUGGUGGGCGUACCUCUUUUUGGAGACCAUUAUGAUACUAUGACGCGCGUAGCAGCCAAAGGAAUGGGAAUCAUGUUGCACUGGAAAUACAUGACAGAGGAAGACCUCUUUACAGCCCUGAGCAGCGUCAUCACAGACACCAGGUACCGCCAGCAAGCCCGUUAUCUCUCCAAUAUUCACAAAGAUCAACCAGGCCACCCUGUGAGCAGGGCUGUUUACUGGAUCGGCUAUAUUCUCCGUCACAACGGUGCGAGCCACCUGCGCUCAGCUGUAUACGAGGUGUCCCUCUACCAGUAUUUCCUGCUGGAUGUGGUCAUUACUGUAGGGGCUGCCAUGGCUCUAGCGGUCUUUGCCCUACGCCGGUUGGCACGAUUGCUGAGGGGUAAGUCCAGGGACCACAGCAGAGGAGAUAACGUCAGAGAUGAUGGCAGCAUGGCCAAUGGACAUUGCCAUAAUGAGAACAUGGCCAAUGGGAAACACAAACGCAAUGGCUCCUUGAAAAAUGAAAAGAAGAGCAAUUGAUGCUUCGAAAGGUUAGGAGGGAUGAGGAAGAAGUUGCCCUACGGACUCAGCUCUAGCUUUUGGUUCAUUGGUCUGUUACUCAGAACAAGCAAGAGGCUGUGGAAAGGAUACACAAUGCGUCGUGUGAGGACAGAGCAAGACAUCGGGUGCUCAAAAUCUGUGUGUGUGUGAAUAUGGGUGAAUGUGUAUGUGUGUGUGUGUGUGUGUGUGUGUGUGUGUGUGUGUGUGUAAUGAGGUAAAUUUAACAAAAACUUUAACAACCACAACAGCAGGUGCAGCAAUACAUCAUUAAAUUUGGGAAUUCUUUGAGGAUGAAACACAGGAAAGACAUAUUUGGGGACAUUAUUUCUACCCGUGCGUCUUCUUUCCUGCCUGUUCUCUGUCUUCCUGCCUUCCUUACCAGUGGAAGGAUGAUGAAGAGGGGAGAUCUUGAGCGCCAACCCUCUCAUCCUCGAAAAAUCAAAUCAAAACAAAUUAAGAUGGUUUCUGAAAGAUUUAGCAUUAAAUGUUUUUAACUGCAAACUCCAAGUGUUUGGUGAACUGUAAAUAGAGGGUAAAACUAUUUAUUACUGUACAAAUGCAUUUUAAUGAUCAGACUUUUUAACGUAUCUUAUUUUUAAUUUAUUUCAUAUCUCGGUCGGUGUGACAGCACCAUGUACACUCCGAAUCGUAAGCCCACAUCUGCACUUCACCCUUGUCCUUCAUACUCGUGAAACAAACAAACAAAGAAAUAGCUGAUGGCAGCAGUCAGCGUGAGUAUGCCCUGGUCUGCGUGCUCUUUACUUGCAUUAUCCACAGAAUGUACUGUUGUCUUCAGACUGGCCAGUUUGUUAAUGCACUGUUUUCCCUUUUCACAAGGUGGUGCCAACUUGUGACUGCACUUAGCUGUGCAGUCUUUGCAUUAUCUCUUGACUGACUUUUGUUGCGUUAGAGAGCGACUCUAUGUGGCUUGUCCUUGUGAAAAGGUGAUCAUGUUUUUUUUUUUGUUUUUUUUUCUGUAGUAACGAUAUUACAAUAUAAUGAACAGGCAAAGCAAGAUCAGAAAGCUACUUAAGCUCAUGUAGUGAGGGGAGGAGUCUGGGCAUUACUUACACUCAUGAUUAGUUGCAUCAUCAGCCCCAUAUUUUAAUUCUGCAGCCCUCAUCUCUCUCUCCUUUUUUUUUGAUAAACAUUUAUUACUUGUCAUUUCCAGUGCUACACUUCACUUUGUACAUCAUUCAACUAUGAUUCAGCUGUUAAUUAUUUGUUAAUAAAUGUUUUAAUUCUAAUGUGUUACAGAUGUUUUUAAAUUAUUCUGUUCAGGUAGAUUUCCAUUCAGCGCUUCACUUCUGUAAAUCUUUUAGAAAUGCUGUUGAGGUUUAUGUGCAAACUUACCUUCUGUAAUUAUAUUAAUUCUGAGUGUGAGUUAUUCACAUUCUGUACACAGUUACACAGAUUUAUGGGUACGCAGUAUGCUUGAAUACGUGUGUGAGUGUUGGGGGGGGAGAAUGGGUGUAUGAAUGAAGCACAACAGAUGAGGUUCAUGUGGCUUUUUAUUUCUAUAACAUCUGGUCACGUGCAGUGUUUGAACAGUGGCACUCACAAUAUCAAAAUAUCAAUAUCAGUUCAAGUGGAGGCUUUGUUUUAAUUCAGGGGUCUGAAGAAAAAUGCUGCAUUAAUUGUCGAGGUAGUACAACAGUUUUAGCCUGUUUUCUAGGGCUCAAAUAUAAUUGGUAAAAUAAGUAUAAUGCUAAAUAAAAUAGUAAUUCUUUUAAUAAACGGUUAAGAAUUACUUCCACUCAGUAACUAUAGAUGCCUAGAACCCAUGGACAUUUCUAAGGCUUUUUCAGUUAUUGUUUUCAGUCUUUAGGUUUGCUUUGGAAGUGAAAUGCAGCUUAAUCAGGUUGAGAUCAGAGGGCCGCUUCAGCGAUUGCACAAUAUUCCAGGUCAUUAACUUCAAAAACUCCUGGGUUCAUUCCACAACAUGCUUUCGGUCAUUGUCCGUCUGAACAGUUACCCUUGCUGUCCAGUCAGCUUUGCUGCAUUUGGCUGAAUAUGAGCAGAAAGUAUCGAUCUGUUGACUUUAGACUUCGUUCUGUCACAUCAUCGAUAAAUACUAGUUACCCAGAGCCACUUGAAACCACUCCAGCCCAUUCAUUAUAUUGGCCUUACCGUGUUAUGUUAUUGGUUGUGAGCUGUCCCAAAUAUCGUGUAUCUUUUUUUGCUUUCCAUCAUUCUGGAAAUAGGCCGCUCUAAAUUUCAACCUGUUGAAGAGUGCAAUUCCAGAAGUGGUCUGACUUUUCUAAUAGUUUUUAUGAAGUUUGCUUGGUUUCUUUUGGUUUUGAUAUUUUUAUUGUAAAAAGGAUCCUGGGAUCAUACACCUGUUGCCUUCAUUUAGCAUCCAGGCUUAUUUUCCUCCAGAACUUACCAAAACCCUGGUUUUUCUUUGUGUUUCUAAUGAAUUUGCUUUGUUUUGGGACCCUGAACGAGGCCUGUUUCAGUUUUAUUGAGAUUCCUUUUGACCACACUUCACAGCUAUGGUUUCCAAAUGCAAAUUCCAUGCUUGAAAUCUAUUUUUACCUGCUAAAUUUAUGGAAAGAAGAACAAAAAAAAAUACCUCACACCCAUUCUUUUCAAUUAUAUUUGAGAUCUUGAAAAUAAGAAACUGCAUUGAAAAAAGGUUUUAAUUCUUUAGUGGUUCAUGCAGUUUUUUUGUUUAACCCUUUGAUGAUUAAAUAACUGCACUUAAGCUGAAUCUUGAAGAGUCAAGUCAAAACUAUCCAAAACUCUGGACAUGACUGUAUAGAACCUAACUGUUGUCACUGUUUCUACUCUUUUAAUUUUUGCCACUGUGCCUGCUAAUUGUAAAUGCAGAUAACAGAGAGGUAUUUAAAAGGGGGAAAAAAGGAUUGUCAUAGUUCAAACUAUAGAAAUAAUCCCCUCAUUUACAAUGAAUAAUGAUGUGUCAAAGUGAUAACUGUCCCUGUGGGGAAAUUCCCUUUUGCUGAGUUCAGAGUACAAGGCCAGCCGAAGAUCAUCUUUAGAGUCUGCAGGGUUUCAUUAUCCUCCUAAUUUGUAUUUUAGAAGGUGCUCGUAGGCAUAGGAGAAGAAAAAAAAUCAUGAACGUGGGAUCUUUAGUUGAUUUAUCAAACUACCAUGCUACACAUACUGUGCUUCUUCUUGUUCUUCUACCUUUUUUUUGAUGGAUGGAAUCGUAGCACAGGGACUGUUUACCAACAACAACAACCUUAAUGUAAUGGCAACGGAACAUUUAACCUAGUCAACGUUGUUAAGCACUUAACAUCCAACCAAAAUGUUCACGAAUACUUUAAAAUAUUUCAGAGAAGUUUUAUGAUCUUCCUUUCUCUGUGAGCUAUAACAACACUUGCACAGCCCAACCCAGCCCAUGAUGGGUAUGGCUGAUGGGCCUGCUGGUGCUACGCAAGCUAUGAACAGGAUCUGAAGAGAAAAUGUUUGUAAAGAUGGUUGGGGUUUUUUUUUUAAUUCUUUUUUUGUUAGUUUUUCAGUAUUAAUAAUGUUGUACCCUACAUACUUAAAUGCCCCAACUUUAUGUUUCAGUAAAUAUAAAGUCGAGUGUAUCUGUUCUCGUGAUGUCUAUAUUUUACCUGCUUGGAUAACUGAUAAUUGCUCUGUUUUCUGUAGUGUACUAGCUUGUUCCCUUUGUCCACAUCUUUGUCUUUCUCUUUAAUUCCUUGUGUAUUCUGCCGUCUUUUGCGCCGUCCUUACCUGUCCUCACUUCACUGUAGUUAGUUCGACAUUAUUUUACUUUCAUUUUAAAUCAAGGCAAAAAAAAAAAGUCCUCACUUGUUUUGCCAUGUGUGUCCACGUUGUAAAUAGAUUGUAAACAAAAUGCUA